AUGGACACCGUCUCUGAGGCGGCUCCGCCGUUUUAUCCUCUGACUGAGACUAACCAUGCCGCGCUUGUGGUGGUUGCAUCGAUCGUUUUCUACAUCUAUGCCCUACUCGGCAUUAUUGGUAAGAUGAUCAUCCGGCUCAAUAUCACCUCAAUGAGAGACUUCGACUUCGCCCUACUGGUCUCUGCUGUCAUAUACUUCAUCCAAACAGCCUGUGUCAUUGCUGCAUGCAGUGAAGGCUUGGGAUCGCACCGCGAUGCACUUUCUGAUGAUGAGUUCGCUCGGUUCAGCAAGUUGAUGUACGCAUCACGAAUUUUCGGAAUACUCAUUCAUGCUACGACGAAAAUAGCGCUCGGUCUACUUAUUCGACAGAUCGAUAGACAAGGCGGACUCAAUGUUGCGAAUAUUAUACUUGGUGGAGUGGUUAUCGUCUGGGCUGUCUCCGGGGUUUUGACGACGGCCUUUGCCUGCCCCAUGCCCGAGCCAUGGUCUUUCGAAAACAGCGUCCAAUGUCCUGCCCACGGCCCGAUCUAUGUCUACAACAGCAUCAUGAUCAUUGUAACAGACAUUGCAUUAUGCGUUCUGCCCGUCGCGAUGAUGUGGGAGGUUCAAACAUCCAUUCGGAGGAAGCUGAUCGUGGUGGGCUUGUUCUGCACCAGGUUGAUUGUGCCGAUCAUCACGAUACCCGAAGUCACGCACGCGAGUUACAUGUUCGGGGGCUCGGAUGACGUGACCUGGCGAGCUGUAUCGACCAUGAUAUGGGGACAGAUCUCGCUGGGUCUUGCAGUUCUUACUGUCUGCAUUCCCAGUUUGAAGGGAGUCAUUGACUCUUUGAUGGGCUCAACAGCCGUCGCGGCACUCAACACACCCUACGAGCUCAAAGACAGCGGCAAUGGAACAGGUCUGGAGAUGACAGCUAUCUCAGACUCACGCAACCGACAAAGCACAAAGCAAGGCAGCGGGAUGGGCAGCGGAUUGCGAAAGAGUUCCAAGGUGCGACAGAGCCAACAACACAUGUGGCGACACGACAUGACGACGGAAGUACGAACAGAGAUUGCAAGUGGAAGCGAAAGUGUACGCAAUUUGACAGAGGGUGUCAUGGUGAAUACGGAUUUUGAAGUUUGUUACGAUGAGCGACAUGCUUCACGAGCUGAUUCCAUGGGUUCGACUGAAGCGGCAUAUCGUAUGCAGAGUUGA